AUGCCUCUCUUUGCCACUAAUCCCUUCGACCAAGAUGUUGAGAAAGCAACUAGUGAGAUGAAUACUGCUGAAGAUUGGGGUCUCAUUUUGGAUAUUUGUGAUAAAGUCGGUCAGUCUCGUACUGGGCCUAAAGAUUGUCUUCGAUCUAUUAUGAGGAGGGUGAACCACAAAGAUCCUCAUGUUGCUAUGCAAGCUCUGACUCUUCUAGGAGCAUGUGUAUCAAACUGUGGCAAAAUUUUUCACUUAGAAGUAUGUUCCAGAGAUUUUGCUAGUGAAGUAAGCAACGUAUUAAACAAGGGUCAUCCAAAAGUGUGUGAAAAAUUAAAGGCCCUUAUGGUUGAAUGGACAGAUGAAUUUAAGAAUGAUCCACAGCUCAGUCUAAUAUCAGCAAUGAUUAAGAACCUAAAAGAACAAGGAGUUACAUUCCCAGCUAUUGGCUCUCAGGCUGCAGAACAAGCAAAAGCAAGCCCAGCUCUGGUAGCUAAGGAUCCUGGUACUGCAACUAAUAAAAAAGAAGAAGAAGAUUUAGCCAAAGCCAUUGAGCUGUCCCUGAAGGAACAAAAGCAGCAGUCCACCACCCUUUCCACUCUGUAUCCGAGUACAUCCAGCCUCUUAGCUAACCACCAACACGAAGGCAGAAAAGUCCGUGCUAUAUAUGACUUUGAAGCUGCUGAAGAUAAUGAACUUACUUUUAAAGCUGGAGAAAUUAUUACUGUUCUUGAUGACAGUGAUCCCAACUGGUGGAAAGGUGAAACUCAUCAAGGCAUGGGGUUAUUUCCCUCUAAUUUUGUAACUGCAGAUCUCUCUGCUGAACCAGAAAUGAUAAAAACGGAGAAGAAGACGGUACAGUUUAGUGAUGAUGUUCAGAUAGAAACAAUAGAACCAGAGCCGGAGGAACAAGCCUUUAUUGAUGAAGACAAAAUGGACCAGUUGCUACAGAUGUUGCAAAAUACAGAUCCCAGUGAUGAGCAGCCAGAUCUUCCAGAGUUACUUCAUCUUGAAGCAAUAUGUCACCAGAUGGGACCUCUUAUUGAUGAAAAGCUGGAAGAUAUUGAUAGAAAACAUUCGGAACUCUCAGAACUUAAUGUUAAAGUGAUGGAGGCACUUUCAUUGUAUACCAAGUUAAUGAAUGAAGAUCCAAUGUAUUCCAUGUAUGCAAAAUUACAGAAUCAGCAGUAUUAUAUGCAGUCAUCUGGUGUUUCUGCCUCUCAGGUAUACCCAGGGCCUCAAAGUGGUACUUACCUGCUUGCAGGGAAUGCCCAGAUGGCCCAUCUCCAGAGCUACAGCCUUUCUCCAGAGCAACUCUCUUCCCUCAGCCAAGGAGCAAUUCCAUCCUCUGCAACCCCUGCCCUUCCUGCUCAGCAGGCUCAGGCUUCUUACCCUAGCUCAAUGGUCAGUUCUGUUCAAGGAAAUACAUAUCACAGCCAGGCGUCAGUAUAUAGUCCUCCUGCUGCUGCUACUGCUGAUGUCACUAUAUACCAGAAUGCAGGAACUAAUAUGUCCCAUGUGCCAGCCUAUAGUUUAACAACGUCAGCAAUGCCUCAACCAGCAGGCAGUCAACAACCACCUCAGCCACAGCAACCAUAUUCUCAGAAGGCUCUGCUAUAG